CUUGGAGAGAAGAAAAGUAUUAUUCAACCUUUUUGAGUGUGGUCAUCCAACUCUUAGAAGAACACUUCAUCUGCCUUUCGUGCGUGGUGUCGUUAAGACUCGUGAACGAUCAAAACCCUGCAAAUAAAAACCAUGCAGCCCACCAUGAUCGCCACCACCGCCUCUCCGACUAUGGUCGGCGCUGCUGUAGUGCAGCAGCAGCAAGCCCCUGCGCGAUUUCACAUCAACUGGGCGCGUAUCAAAUGCAAAAAUGUCUGGGUCUGGAAGAAUGCAAGACCUGUCAUGCACAUUUUGCAUGGCCAAGGAGGUUUGGAAUGCAGAACCUAGCAUGACGGAUUCUGUGAGGUCUCCAUCAUGCCUGUCCCGCAUCAGAAAUUGCUUCUCAACUUGGUCGAAAGUCGACAGCUUUUGGUCACCAUGCAACACAGAUUUCUGCAUGAUUCUGAUUUACCAUGACAAGUUCCACUUUGUCAGACCCAGACACUUUUGCAUUUGAUAGCGCGUGCGCAAUCCACCGUGUGUACCGCGACGUCUCGCUUUUACGGGAAUUGUCCGGAGUUGGCGAAUAUCAAAUGUAAAAAUGUCUGGGUAUGGAAGAUUUCCAGGUUUGUCAUGCACAUUUUGCAUGACUCCUGAUGUCUGUGAUGCAUGCCAUAGCAUCGCAGAUUUUGUGAGGGCUUCCUGAUGCCUAUACCGUAUGACAAAUGCUCUUUCCGUGUAGCAAAACUCGGACUCUCUUUGCUGCUGCUCAUGCAAUACAGAUUUUUUUUAGAAUCCAAAAUCAGCAUGACAAGUUGGAUUCUUCCAGACCCAGACACUUUUACAGUUGAUAGCGAACAACAUGGAGAAACUGCGGACGAAAGUGCGUGAGCAGCCGCAUUGGAGCGCCUAUGUUCCUCCGAUGGGAUAUCCUGAGUAAAAACGUACCCACACCAGAGUUGUCAUGCAGAUUUGCCAUGACAGGAACAUUUCCAUUUGUGAUGCGCAACCCCAUGACAGGCAUUUUCAAUCGUGUUUGGGAACUUGUAAUGCUGUAAACAGGAUCAGCAGAUCGAUUUGUGAUGCGGCUUUCCUUGCUAACUUGCACUACCUUACGGACUGAAACUUGUCAUGCGUGACUCACAAAGCUCCUAGGUUUGUGUUGCAAAAUCCCCAUCCCGACUCUGGUGUGGGUACGUUUUUACUCAGGAUAUGGGACUGACUAAAAAACAAUUCCACGACUUGACGAAAUCGCUGAUCGGUACUGUAGCUGUAGCUGUACAGCGGUACAGCUCAAGAAACCUGUGCAGCAUGACAAUUUUUCCGUAUGAUGUUAGUCGUUCUUGACGCAUGGCAGAUUCUCGUGAAAUAGAUGUUUUUUCCGGAAUGAAAAAUCACUAAAUGAAUCAGAUGUGAGUCUGUCCGAGGAGCAGCUGGAUAUGGUGGUUGCGGCUAUGAGUCUGGAGAAAGACCGGGACGAUGGGAUUAUCCAACGGGGGGAGUUCGAGAACUGGCUGGACCGCGGAAUUUUGCUGGAACACUUGGGCAAAGACGACGAGCCGAACAACGUGCUCGAUGGGAGCAACUUCAGCUGGUAUGGAAAUUAUUCCUCGCACAUGAUCAUGUUUUUGUCAUGCAAAAAACCUACUUAGUCAUGGACAUCCUCUGUCAUGCAAAAACCCGCAUGACAAAGACGAACACCACAGGUGGGGCUCCGCCGCCAACGUGUUUCAAACGGCUGUGGAAUUCAAGCUCGACUUUCAAACGAACCGCUACAUCGAGCACCUCUAUCUCGCUUUCGGCGGUGAGGACGGGGUGGCGCGGAAUGCGUCGGUCGACAUGACGGUUUCCAGUUCCACCGAUGGUGUCAACUGGAACGGAGCCUGGGGCAAAAUUGGAGCGCGGGAGGCCGCUACGGUGAAUGAUAAGUACGAGGGGGUGAACAAUGGACACAAGCUGCACGUUUCCGCCCUGUGCCCGCCGGUGGUCGUGUCUCCGGGCAAGCCGGUGGAGUGCCGCUUCAUUAAGAUCGAGUUCCACCAGCUGCCAGUGGGUAUGAAAAUUUUCCUCGUUGCGGAGCUGCGUCGAGAAACAGAAAAUUGUUGUUGGGGUUAUAGGAUUUUGGCAUAUGAAAUCCCUACCACUUGACGCUAAUGUCGAAAACCUAAUUAUCAGGUUGGAUGCACCACGGUUUGCACCAGGUGCAGUGCUGGGGUCCCGGCGAUCUCGCGAGCGCGCAGGGAAUGAUGCAGAGUUGCCGGGGACAGCCGACGUUUAUCUACGCUGUGGAUGAGGCGGGGAUGCAGGUACUGUGAGGUUUUGUCAUGAUACAUUUUGUCGUGCACCAGUAGGAAAUCGAUUCGUGAAAUGUAGUUAUGUUUGUUGGUGUUACAGCCGAAUUCAAUUUUAAAUUCAUGUGCCACAUCUUUCCAAACGCACCUAUACAGGACGCGUUGCUCCGCGGUACCAUGGCGAGCAAAUCUACUGUGAAUGCGUGGAGCCCGCCGACCUUGCCCACCGCAGUAUCCAGGGAAGAAACAGUGAUAGUCGUGAGAACUCUUUUUUUGGAAUCAGCAUGACAAAUCUGUCUAGCAUGACAGCAAGGACAACUUGUCAUGCGCAGGUAGGAGUACGUGAACGCGUACGACGGACGAAGCCAGCCACUGACGCAUGUCCAGCAUGACAAGUGAUAGAGUACGUUUUACAUAUGCGUAGUUGCAAUGCAGAGCGUUUCUUCCCUAGGAUAGUACACGACCGCCGGAGCGGUUUCGUACCCGUCGCCGCAGUUCGUCUCGCCCGCGAAUGUGAACGUCAACCCAGUGGUGGUGCCGUCGGUGAAUAUGGUGCCGCAGCAGGUUGUUGUGCAGUCCCCGCAGCUGGUGCAGUCCCCGCAGCCGCAGGUGGUGGUUUUGCUGCAGUCCCCGCAGCCGAAGACCAUGGGUGCGAAGAGUAUCCAGGAGGAAAAGAAUGGUGUCGAGUGCAAGUUUGUGAAGAUGCAGGAACUACAUUAAGCAUACGCAUCCCUGUGGGCCAUGAUUUGUAAUGCUUUUCAUCAUUCCUAUUCCAAGAAAGUUGCAGCACUGAACACAGUUUUUUCCACCUGGAUGGAGGAGAAGGAAAAAACCGCGGAGGAGCUACACAAGGAGAAAAUGGACAAGGAAAAUGAACAGGCACAUUAUGACUUGCUCAAACGUUACAAUCUCAAACGUUACAAUAGAAUCUGGAAAUCUGUGAUGCAAGAAAUGCAUGAUCUAGCCAACUCUCAUAAGACUGCGCAUGACAAGUUCCGGAGUCCCAAACCGCACUACAAUCUGGCGAAAUUUGUAUUGCAGAAAGUGGAACGGUCUACGAGUCUGUAAUGCUCAUGAUGCAAGACAAAUCCCAGAUUCUAUUGUAACGUUUGUGAUUGUAACACCUGAGCGGGUUAUACACAUGCCCGGCAGCAGGGAAUGUUUGUGGGGUACUUCUUACAAGCUGCUAUUUAGGUUUUGUCUUUUCAACAUUAUCAUCAUCAUUUGUGAUGCGGGUCGUACGAAUGAGACGACUCUGGAAAUGAAGGUUUAUGCAUGACAAACUCACUUCUAUCAGGAUCCUGGGUUCCCUCGCGGUCCUGCCGUGCUGUUUCUGCUUGGCAAACGUGGUCAGCGAGAAUGGUGCGGAAAUUGCGGAGGGUGCGGGAGAAGCUGUGGGCGUGUGCGGGCAGGCUGCGAGUAUACGAUUUGACGUUUGAUUUCGUGGAAAAAGUGCAUGACAAAAAGUUUUUCUGAUGCAUGGAUGCCGAUGAGAAAAUUUUGUGAGGAGACUUUGCAUGGACGACAUUACUAGCCCAAAAACACAACUUUUCAGGCAGCUGCGCGGCCCUCGUGGAGAACUUUUUCAAGUGAAGCGGGUGGUAGAAGUGCUCCGGGAGAACGAAAUGAUUUUGAUGUUUGGUGGAACUUCUAAACGGAAUCGUUGGUGGAGAACAAAAAUUGGAUGAGUAAAGUGAUAAACUCACCUCGAAAUCUAACAUUUUGGUCGCAUUACUUAGAUUCAGCAGUAGCAAGUACUGUUGUCUACUGUCAUCGCUCCACAGGCUUACACGAAAAGUUUCGAACAAACUUGUCCACAGAAAAACAUGUUUUCCAAUCAUAUCCAAAAGACGAGGCGUUUUAUGUGCAACAACGAAUCCACUCUCGAAAAAUGCAAAGGCUUCUCUCAUGUUUUUUAUGAUUUUUUUGCUUGCGACAAGCGCAGCUAGUUUCACGAACCAUAUUUCAUGAAUGAAGAACAAGCUUUACCCUAUAUGACCCCCGUUUCGCACUACAACUUACCACACACAAGAGCGGACAACUUUUGGAGCCCAUUUUAUGAAGCGGCAUCAAAAGACGUUGACGUUUUGCAACAACUGCAAGAACCGCAUCUUCUGUGGCAUCACGCGGAUUUUAAUCCGGCAACGGCUUCACAAUAAAUGGGAAAGCUCUAGAGGCACGCGAAGCGACUUUCAUUGAAAAAACGAUCCUAGGCCAGCACCUGUGUUUUUCACUGCUUCAGGAGAGAUGAGUUGUGAGCGGACAGGC